CCCCCCCUCUGUCAGAGACGACUGAGCCCCACACAGGAACCAGACUCACAUUGUUCACCAGCCACGGACGUUUCCACAGUAGCUGGGAGGGUCGAAAGCUUUUUCCGCUCUUUGUUUCAAUUUUUUUUUCCUUCCUUCUUCCAACUUUCCAGUUAAAGAAUAUUGUCAGGGCAUUCCUGAAUUAAAGCAGGCUGAGCUUCAGAGAAGAGAACAAGAGACAGGUGUAACCGGGUGGGAAAAAACCCACAAUGCUAGUGAAGCUUUUACUCAUCUGUAAUACAAUAGGAUUGGCAAAGCUGGUCACACACUCAGACCAUCGUGGAGAUGAUGAGGGUUUGGUGCGCGGCCCAAAGCCACACGUUGAUGAGACCUCUGCGUACCCACAGAGGACUCCUCUGGCACACAGGCGAGAAGGUUAUUGGGAGCUGGAAGGACUCCGGGAGGAUACUCAAGGUUAUCCUUCAAGUGUAAUCUCCCCACAUCAGGAAGAGAGAGAGGAUUUUGAAGCUGCGAGCCCAGAGUCCCGAAAUGGGAACUGGUGUUCCUUCAUGCAGUCCCGACUGGUAACAUACAUAGAAGCCUGCAUGAAGGAGAAGUACAUUGUCAACUCCCAGCAACCCUGUCUAAAUGGAGCACCAGACUGCCAGAAGAUCAUGUAUAGGACAGCUCUGAAACCAGUCUAUCAAGUGAAACAGAAGGUUUUGAAGUCUUUGCAGUGGAAAUGCUGCCCUGGAUUUAUUGGCAAGGACUGUGAACAGCAUGAUCCAAAUUUUAUUCUCGUGCCAGGAAAUCAAACUGAAGGACGGGAAGAAGAGGAGUUCUCAAACCACAUGCCAACAUCAGUGGAUGCAAGAGAAAUGUUGGAAGUCAUUCAAAAUCAUGAGGCUUUACUGGAUGAUCUUCAAAGUGAUAUUCAUCAAGCAGUCAGCAACUUAGGUGACUUACAGAGAAUAUUUGAAAACAACGGUACGAGCAUGGUGUUAGAAGUGAACCAGAGCAAUUCAGAUCUACAGGAAAGGCUUCUGCAGCAAGUUUUGUUUCCCCAUGUGGAGAAUUUUCUAAAGAAACAUUUUAACCCAAUGUGGGCAAGCUUCAACAGAAGCUUACAGAACCUCUCGAGCAUGGUAAGAAACCUGUCCUAUGAUGUGGAAGCCAACAAGAAAAGCAUAGAAAGAUUCCAAGAGAGCACUGUGCCCAAGAAAGAAUUCCAGGAGCUGGGAACAAAGUUUGAAUCAAAAGUCCAAGAAAAUGUAAUGAAAGUUGAUCAGGUAAAAAGAGAUAUAGAGAACCAACUGCAAAUGCAGCAGGCUAAUAUUCACUAUAAUCUCACCAUGGUCAAGGCAGACACUGACACAAAGCUCAAGAAGUUUCAUAAGAUACAGCAGUCUCACUUCUUAGCUUUCAACAACAGCAUAACAAACAUGAAACAAGAGCAAAACAAUCUUGAAAGGAAAUUUGAGACUUUGAAAAAAAAUUUAACAGAACUGCCAUCACACCGUGGUCCCAAAGAUGAAAAUAGCCAGUUAACCCUCAGACAGGUGAAUGACGUUCUGGCAGGGCACGCAAAGCAGCUGAAAGAACUCUACAUGGAGUCGGAUGUGGCCUUUCAGAAUAUUGCAGUUUUAGAGAGGUGGUUUAAAGAGUUGAAAAAAAAUAUCUCAAAGCAUAGCCCAGAAGACCUUACAAUAACUUUAAUGGAGAAAUCUCUUAUUAUGGAAGAAAACAAAGCAGCAAUGGAACAGCAGAUAGCAGAGCUCAACUACACACUCUCAAGUCUUCGGGAAAACUAUUCCGAUCUGUUGAGGUACAUGGAGGAAUGUAAUUGCCAGGGAGUAACUUCCGAUAUUGAUGUACUGGAGGAAGAUUUAAAGAAUACCACUUAUUCUCUUGAAGGCAACCAAUCAAACUUAAAGGAUAUGAAGCAUUUAGAGUCAGUUUUUAGAGAGCUCUUGAGGACUGAAAUUGAAGAGCUCUCCUCAGCUUUUCCAUCUAUCCAUCAGUCCCUUAAUCUCCGUCAAGAAGAAAACAGACAACUUCAAUCACAAGUUCUGGCUUUUUCAGAAGACAUAGGCUUCUUGAAGAAGAAAGAUGAAGAAAUUCACCGACACAUCAAGUAUCUCAACAGUUCUUUUGGCUCUCUUUUGGAAGAUGCCAUGCGGCAUGAAGCAGCACUAGAGGCUUUACUGGGAGAAGAAUUUAUGGAAGUCUUGUUUGAGGAAGAUCCUACUAUCCUAAUAUCAUCGGUAUCUCAGAUGCAAGAAUCUCUCAGACAUCUCUCAGAUAAACUCCAAGAACAAAAUGUAACUUUAGAAUCUCUUAUAAGGAGAUUUCAUCUUUUGGAGAGAGGUCAACAGAAUAAUCACAAUGCUCAUAGAUCUAAACACUCCAAAGAAGAAACACAAACAUCCUCUACUUUAGAUGAAGGCAGUAGUCAACAUAGCACUGUAGAACACAUGGAGCCUAACUAUGAGGCUGCCAAAGAUGACUCCUUGGAUAGCUCAGCUUAUAACGAUAUCAUGACUCUGAAGAAUGAUAUCAAACACCUGAGCCAGGCAAUCAAGAGGCAUGAAUCCAGAAGUAACAUGAAUCUCUGCUGCAAUCAUACAAUAGGAAAUGCAAUUGAGCCACUCAAUAUUUCUGUGGAAAUUGUCUCAGCAGAUCUAGCAACCAUCACGCAGAAGCUAGAGGAACAUCUGCUGAUAUUUAAAAAGCUAUUUGGAAGCAAUGAAGAAUUAGUUGCCUCAAAUGUAAGCCUGGAUGUUACAAAGAUUCAGUCAAUGCUGACCAGAAAAGUGAGAAGGCAAGAGAAAGGUCAAGACAAGCAAAGAGAUAAGAAAAAGCCCGGGAAGCACAGAGAAAACAUGCAAAUUAUCAGUGGAAGAAAUACAGUGCAGACAGAACUUUUGGAAAAAGACUCACCAGUGGCAUUCCACGUGGGAUUCUCAGAAGGAAAGGAGAAAGGGAAAACUCUGAAGUUUAAUGAAACUUACCUCAAUUACGGAAACAGCUACUUCCCUGAACAUGGCUACUUCAAAUCACCGCAUAAAGGUGUCUACCUGUUUGUCAUCUCUGUGGAAUUCAAUUCAGGACCAGCAUUAGGACAACUCUCCUUUAGCCGUGGGUACAAAAGAACUCUCUCAAGUAGUCAGAGGAAAACGACAAAUGGAAAUACCAUGACUACUUUUGCUAUGGCAGAAAUGGAGAAGGGGGAGAAAGUAUGCUUUGAAUUGCUACAGGGCUCUGUAGUGAAACGGAGUCCACCUGGGACAACAAUGGCUGGAUUCCUAAUAUUUAAAACUUGAAUACUGACAUUUUGUUUUGCUGAUACCUUUCCAUAGAUGCAAUGGACCGAUCCACUAGUGCUUCAUCUGUGAUGUAUUCAACCUUACAGCAUGUGUUUAAACAUAGCACUACCCUAGUCUUCAUGCUUCUUUUCUGAAGUGUUUGGCUUUUGAUUAGUUGCUUAUGAGCAGCAAUGGGGUUUUCUUUCAAGUGAUAAUGGUGUGGACUCCAAAUGUAUCAGCACAGACACUCCCAAAUCCUUUCAACUGUGACAAUUGCACCUAAUUAGAAAAAAUGUUUUGUGUGACUUUUUUACUUAAAACACACAAAAAUCCUCCUUUUCCCAGGCAAGAGAGUAUCCUCCCCUGACAAAUAUCUGGCAAGAAAAAGAUUUUAGGAAGGACUUUGUGUAUCCACUCUUGUAUUUUGUGAAUUGCAGUUUAAAACCAAGCCAAGCCAAUUUUACCUUUUAGAUCUCUGUGGACCAUAGGCAAUCACAAAAAAUCUCUGCAACUCACUCCAGUUCAAUGCUUCAGUCUGUGCACAACGUGAACACGAGAAGAUAUUGAUCAAACCCAGUAAGAUGCAUCCUCUGCUAGUAUUUGUAAGCGAGGAUCUUAGAAAUGGCCCAAUCUUUUUGCUUCCAGGCCUGUGUUGUAUUUCAACUACAGUGCAAAAAUUUAAUGGUGAUAUAAUAUUAAGAAUUACAUCUACAUUUAGACAUCAGGACAUGUCAACAAUACUAAAAAAAAUACUGGUGAAAAUGCCGUUUAUUUCUAAAGAUAAUCCUGAAGAAUAUAACUAUUUCAGCCCAGAAUUUAGUAUUUAGUAAGUAGUUCAAAAUCAAGCAAGUAAGCAAAUAAGACCAACUGUAAAAAGAUAAGCUCAUUGAUUCGCUGUCAGUGUUGAUUGUAAAAUAACGUUAUAAUCAAAAUGAACUGAAGAAGUUUCAAUCUGUGGAGAUUUUUAGAAUUUAAAAAAAAUGUCAAGAUGACCAUGUCUGGUCAUGCCCUAAACUUUUCUCUGUCACAGAAAAUAUCUCAAAGGCUUUAACUUUAAAGAAAUGCAAUGACUGUGGUAUUUUUCCUUGUCUAUCCUAAUGUCUUACAAAACAAUAUUAAACCAAUUAAAUUUGCCAAAAUGAAAUGCAUUCAGAAAUUCCCAGUAUUUCUGAUGAAAGAGGUAAAUUCUUGUUAUGUGUUUUAUGUCUUUUUAACAUAGCAUUUUCUAACAGAAACCUAUUGUGCUUUUAAAAGGUUUUCUCCCCAUCUACUUGUAUUCCAAGCAACACUGAACUAGAAAAUUACUAUUUAGCCAUAUCUGUACCAAUACACAUUGCACUUAAGACAACAGUCUGACAGGUAGACAAUAUACAACUUUUAAAAUAAAAACUACAAAGCAGUUACAUCUACUGACUUGCUGAGAAAACUGCUGUUACUGCAUCCUGAAAAAUUCAACAAGAUGAACUAUGAUAAGGGAUCUCUCAUCUACUCCUAGCCAACACUGACUUUCACAUGAGAUUAAUGGGUCAUGUCUCCCCAUUUAUCAAGCACAGACACAUCUUGCACUGCUCUGUGGUUGGCAGCACAAAGUGCCCACAGUGCUCAGUGUCAUCUUCUGUCCCACAUACAUUGCUCAAGUAUCAGGUGACAGGAAGAGAAGAAAAAUUUGCAGAGGUGAAACAUCAAAAACGAAGAAAAGCAUAAAAUUGUAAGAUUGGGUUCUUUCAGUACAAAACUACUAUACUGGGCUGACCCAGAAUGAUUCACCUCUGGACCCUACAACUAUGAGCUUUUGUGGUGGCAGAGUGACAAGCCAAGUAUGCUGCCUAGGUCAGGGCAGCUCAAGUAACACACCAUCUUCAGUGUACAUCAAUUCUGCAGUUACUAGCUAAGCUCCACAAUUAAAUACAGCCAGGAGACACAUACAUAAUUCAAAACAUUUUGUUUUUAAAGCUUUGACAGAAUGCUUCAACUAGAACCAAAAUCAUGUUGCUACUUGGAAAAGGACAUGGUAGGUAGUAAAUAGGACAGCACUUCAUCCAGACAGGACUUUAGAAGGUUUGGUAUCCUUGUGCUUACCAGUUACUUUUGUUGAAAAAUAAGCCAGGCAGGUUCAGAGAUCUUCAACUCCAGAGUGAACACAAGGUUAAUACAAAGAUGUUUUCAUAUUUGUAUUCCUCAAAUAUGUGCUUAAGGUAGCCACCUGCAUACACAAAGACAACAUACUUGACUUGAAGACUCUUCUUUUCAGGCUAUGAGACAAAAAUUAACAAGAUAUAAUGGGUUAAAACAUUCUAUUGUCUGUAUAAGCCCAAGAGCAUGACUUCCUUCUCAAGUAACAAGAUGAUUAAACUACCAGGUUGUAGUUGUGCCUUUUUAAAAAAUGGAUACAUGAGCUUUUUAAUAACUUGUAUCUAAACUCCCACUCAAAUACAAGCAAACUAUUUGACUACUGGCAUAAAUGUCUUUCAUAGCCCUCACAAA